GCUGUCGCAGACGAGUUGUCAACGGUUAACCACCUGUCCAUACCUGGAUUCAGAGUUAUUGAAUUGGAAUCUACACCGGAAAGCAAUCGAAUCAUGAAUGCAACACUAAGGAUAUUUCUCAUUCUCCUCAAGAAAAACUUUCAAGUUCGCAAGAGAUGUUGGUUUCGGAGCAUCGCAGUGCAACUGAUCAUUCCAAUGGGUCUAUUCUUCAUCGGACAGAGUGUUGGAUUAUUCGCUGAAGGCCCACCGGAAUUCGAAAAUACCACAACUUACUAUCCAGUUCAACCCAAGCAAGAAAUUUUGUGGGGAUUCUAUUGGUUAGAGCAGCUUCGUUUCACACCAGAAACACGUGCAACGAUCCAGUUGGUGGAGUACACGCGAGUGUGUCUAGGAAGUUAUCGACUCAAUGUUAGUGGUGCUGUCGAUGAGGAAACAAUGGUGCAGCAGUUAACCAAGGACUAUGCUGAGGAUGCCUAUAUUUCUAGUAAAUCUGUGGGAAUCGUUUUUGAAACUGUUGUUGGAGAUUCCAUGCCACGUCAUUUCAAAUACAAAAUUAGGACAGGUAAUCCGCUGCAGGGAGAUUUGUACGACCCGCGAGAAAAUGGAAACAUGGCGAAUGAAUUUCAAUAUUCUAGCACUUUGGCCAUACAAUUAUGUCUUGAUGAAGCGUACAUCAACUGGGUGUCAGAGAGUUCCUCAGGACCUAGAAGGUACACGCCGAAGAUCUCAAUCCAACAGAUGCCUUAUCCUCCGUACACAAAGGCUGAUAAAGGACUGCCAAUCGGAGGACAGUUUUUUUCGGAAAUUAUAAAAUUCAUUUUCCUGAUCAUUCUGUGCAUUGAAAUCGGUUACCCUUCGAGUGAAAAAUAUAUUGGGAUUAAUGUUCUCAUGUCUGUCAAUGGAGUCACCACGAAGAUGAAUCUCUUCAGCUGGUUUGUCACUGGAGCAGUUUUCAGUAUUUUUUACCUCGUUCCGUUUGUGGUGAUCAUGGGACACUUCGGACCGAAUCGUGUUAUUCCAUUUUUGACGCACGGCGAUCCGGUCAUUGUGUGGCUGGUGUUUUUCUUCAACUUCUGCCAUGUACUCUCCUUCGGGUACCAUCUGUCGUCAUAUUUUUGGAAACCAUCAAGAGGCAUCCUGGCAACCUUCAUGAUUUACAUCGUACUGAACAGUGCUAUUACCUAUUUCGCUACCUCUAUUGCCAUUCGACGAUUCCUUCUGUAUCUUGGUUUAAUAUGUCCAGGCAUCCUCUUUCAAAGAAUGUUCGAGGAAAUAGUCAUUUACGAGACGAAACUCAUCGGCAUCAACUGGUCAAAUGUGUUCUCGGUCGGAUCAACAGACGCCCCAGCAGAAGGAAGUGUGGGAGUGAUGUUGAUCUUCUCCAUCAUUGGUAUCCUCAUCAAUUUUUACCUAGCUGUCUUCAUUCACGUAGUGCAUCCAGGCAAAUAUGGAGUGAGCCAAAACCCAUUCUCUUAUUUCCGAAGUAAGAAAAAUAUUCGGCAGGAUGGAAACACAAUUGACUUUGAAGGAACAAAUAGCAAGGGUGAAGAAUUUGAAGAAAUCUCCGAAGGGACUUGUGAGCCAGGAAUACGAAUCAGAGGAUUAAAAAAAACAUACACAAAGGGUUUUUUUAAAUCAUCCAAAGUCGAUGCACUGAAAGGAGUCUCAAUAGAUUUUUAUAAAAGUCAAAUAACAGCUCUACUCGGUCACAACGGCGCUGGUAAAACAACGAUGAUGUCUAUUCUGUCUGGUUUAACAAGUUUAACCGAGGGUAUAAUCCUCAUAGACGGUAAGAACAUUCAGCAAGACCCAUUCAGCAUAAAGAACAAGAUUGGCCUCUGUCCGCAGGAGAACAUGGUCUUUCCAGAAUUGACAGUUUAUCAACACCUCUUCUUCUUCGGAACUCUGAAAGUCCGUAAUAAAUCGAAACACGCAUUAGAAUCUGAAAUUGACAUUUUAUUGAAUAAAGUAAAUCUAACAGAGAAACGGAAUGUCAUUCCGAAACAGUUAUCAGGAGGUCAAAAGAGAAGAUUGUGCCUUGCGAUGGCUGUCAUCGGCGAUGGAAAUGUUGUAAUACUAGAUGAGCCGACCUCUGGAAUGGAUGCACAGAGUAAACGCGAAGUUUGGGAUAUUGUCCUCAAAAUGAGGGGUCAGAAGACGAUAAUCAUAAGCACCCACGACAUGGAAGAGGCUGACAUCCUUGGAGACAGGAUAGCGAUAAUGCAUGCAGGUAGAUUGAAGAGUUACGGAACUUCAAUGUUCCUGAAGAAGCUAUAUGGAGAUGGUCAAGUGGAAGUGACAUUGUCUGUUGAGCCUUGGUGUGAUCCUUCAAGAAUUAUUCAAGAAAUCAAAAUACCUGCAGAAUUAUUAAACCAAGAUGAGGGUAAAGUAGUUCUAGCAAUUCCCCAGGUGGAAUCAUUGCCAGAGGCUCUGGAUCAUCUGGAGUCUUCGCGAACGGAUUUAGGUAUCACUGGAAUGAGUGUUUCAAUAAUAACAAUGGAGCAAGUAUUCCUGAGGGUAAGUAGGGAUGAAGCUGACGCAGUUGAAUCGAGAGACCAGAUUGAACACUCGAAAGUCAUAGGUCUAGCAUAUUUCCGUCAGUGCUUUUCUGCGUUUUUGCGGAAGAAAUUCACAUCAGUACGGAAGAAUCUCUGGCCAUUCUGGUUGAGUUUACUAUUCCCCUGCUUGGCAUGUACAGUAAUGCAGGCACCAUUUGGAGGAAUCAGCCAAAAGAGAUCAAUCGCAUUAACGUUGAAAUCUUACAGCACCCCGGAAGCUGUUGUUAAAUCUUCAGAUCCUACGUUGGCUUUUAUGUACGUGAGUAGCAUUAAUCAAUUCGGGGGGAGAACAGAGAUAAUCCGACAAGAUUCGACCAUGAGCGUCACGAGUCGUUUGUUAAAAGCAGCUCAUGAUGACAUCGGCAUGUAUAGAAAUGCAUACAUAGUCUCGGCUGAGUUUAAUCAAACUGGUCCGAAUAUGACAGCUAAUGGAUUCUACUCAGGAACUGCGUAUCUAGGAAUUCCAAUAACAUUGAAUGCCCUGUCGAAUGCUAUUUUGAAGGCUUCGACCAAGAACGAAGCUGACACGAUUGAAGCUUCGGUGCAGCAGAUUCAAUUGCCCUGGGCCAUGCCACAAAACGAGAUAACCCAAGGUUGGAUCUUUGCAGUGGUCAUUAUUAUUCUCAUGAUACCAGCGAUUGGUUUAUAUAUGACUCAACCUCUCGAAGAAGCUCGUUCUGGAGUCAAACAGCUGCAAAAUAUGACUGGAGCUUCGAAAUUUGCAUAUUGGGCCUCUAUGUUUCUCUUUGAUUUCUUCCAGUACAUAAUCUCCUGUCUACUGCUUCUUAUUUUAUUAGUACUAGCCGACAAAUCGUUGGAUACAAAAUUCUUUGGUACAACCGAAAUUCUUAUGUCUAUGGCGCUCAUGUUUCUCCUGGGAUUCAGCAUGCUACCGUUCGUUUAUUGCAUCAGCUUCCUGAAAAGAUCGUUAGCUGCUACAAUAAUAGUACAGCUAAUUGCCCCAGUUGUAUUUGCAUUGACGGAAUUGAUACUUAACUUGAUCGCGCUGAAUGAGAAAACUGAUUCUACCAAGAAUUUGAAGGAUGCUCUGACCCCAAUCCUCCGACUGUACCCUCCUUUGAGUUUUCUGCAUGGAUACUCAGCGUUCUUCACAGUGGUAUCGAAAAACGCCAGGUGUCGGAAGAUGACUGACGAAGCCAUUAAUGUUUUGUGCGUCAUUAAAGAUCCGUGCUGUGGAAAACAGUGUAUCAAUGGUGAAUGCAGAAAUCCUUUUCCUUACUUCGCAGAUAAUCCAGUCGAUUUUCUACCGAGUCUGUCUACCAGUAUGAUGUACCUUGCGGCAUCGUUCUUUCUAUUCUGUGCAAUCAUUGUUGUAAUUGAACAGCGGAUUUUCCAGAGGAUUAUCAUGAUGUUUAGGAAAAAGGACUCCCAGGAGACCAAUACUGCAGAAAUGGAUGAAUUGGUAGUGAAGGAGAAGAAAAUUGUUGCUGAUGAUGUGAGAAAAAGAAUGAUGGAAAUUUCUGAUGAUGAGAGUGAGAACAUAUUCCUGGCCCACGAUUUGAGAAAGAGAUAUGGAAGACUUGAAGUGGUGAGAGGGAUCAGUUUCAGGGUGAAAGAGAGUGAAUGUUUUGGAUUGCUUGGGGUGAACGGCGCAGGAAAGAGUACGACGUUCAGAAUGCUGAUUGGCGAGGAACUCCCUAAUGGUGGUCAGAUGUGGUUGAAGAAUUUCAAUAUUGAAAACAAUCGAGUGAAAUAUCUGCAGAAAAUGGGUUACUGUCCCCAGCACGAUGCCAUUAUGGGGACUCUGAAUUCGCGGGAUCAUUUGUACUUAUUCGCAAAGCUUCGAGGCGUUCCAGAGGGUGAAGUGUAUGACGUCGUUGAGAAAUGGAUUCGGAAGCUCAAUCUUACUGCGUGCGCUGAGCAACCCAGUAGCACGUACAGCGGAGGGAAUAAGAGGCGAUUGAAUAUUGCAAUGGCACUCAUUGGUAAUCCAUCUUUAGUUCUGAUGGAUGAACCGACGACUGGUGUGGAUCCGGCAGCUAGAAGAUCACUGUGGAAUACUCUGAAAACCUGCCAGGACUCGGGACAAUCAUUUAUCCUCACUUCACACAGUAUGGAGGAGUGCGAAGUACUGUGCAACCGACUCGUUAUUAUGGUGAAAGGUCAGCUAGUUUGCGUUGGUGCUACUCAAGAAUUGAAACAACGCUUCGGGGCUGGUUACAAUAUUCACGUGAAACUCUUCCCCAAUCGCAAUUACGCAGACGUGGAGAAUAUUAAGAGAAAAAUAGAGAGCAAUUUGACGUGCAAAUUAACGGAUGAAAAUUCAGGUUUUCUCAACUACCAUGUCACAGACUCCAAAGCCACUUGGACGCUUAUGUAUUCACUGCUGAACGAGAUGAAGAAUUAUUACAAUUGUAUCGAAGAUUUUGCUGUCCUGUCUUCAACGCUGGAGCAAUUGUUCAUACAAUUUGCCAGGGCGUCUGAUGAUGAACGGACCAAUGAUGAAGUGUCUAAAGGGUUAGAGAACGACGACACAGGAGCCUAUGCUUAGCAUUUCUUGUGCUCAAAAGGUAGUAAAAUAAUGGUCUUUUUCAUUUUUACUUAUCUGAAUGAAAGGAAUUCAACGAGUUUCCAAUUAUUUCUUCAUUUUAUUCUACUGAGGGCAUCGUAUUUGUCCAUUAUAAUCAUGCGUAAUGUUAAAUUUCGACACAGAGGAUACGAAAAAUUUCUAUUGGUACUAACAGAUUUAGGGAAAUAGGUCCUCUAGGUAAAGUUACAAUAGGAGUUCCCAACAUUCUCAUUGGAUUAAAAUAAUUCAUACAUGCAUUCCAUAGAUCCAUAGUCUGUCAACCUUAUAUUCAUGCCCAAAUGAUAAAAAACCAAAAUGCAAUAGAUCUGAAACCAUGAAUCUGCGUCAUUGUGAUAUUUUCGAAUGGCCCACACUUCGAAUGUCUACAAUCAGUGGAUAGGGCGAGGGGAAGGACCUAGUAGAUUUUUUUAAUCUAUGGAGUAAAAUUCCCCCUUUCCUUAUUCGUAAUUUUCCAUCGACUGCUGGGCUAGUGUGGAGUCCGAAGUAAAUGCAAAAGCUCAACUCCAAUCAAAGUCUAGAUGUCACGUCUCGAUUUAUGACGAAUGUGAAACCAGCAUCCACAAGUGUACGAGGGCAAAUAGAAUGUAUCAGUAGUCAAGUGGGGAAUCCUAAUGAGUCUCCAUAUUUUUGUUUUCUCUGUUUAUCUCAGAAGCAAGUGAUUCUGAGGGAGAAUUUCAAGAAUUUUUUUUUUGUAACUGAAGAACACGUACGAAAAAAUUGAUAAAAAAUCUUGCCCAUUCACAAUAGAAUAUUAAUAUUUCAAUAUUAUUAAAAUUCUAUUGUAAAAUCUAUUUUUUCCAUUCUUCUAAAGACAAAUCUUCAAUGGAGAACAAUUGACAAAUAGAAAUUGAUAGAUUUCGAUUUUUCUUUGCAACUGUUUCAAUUCUAUUGAAACAUAUUCUCUUGAAAGCUCUCAGCAUAAAUUUUCCAACAUUUUCCUACUACUUUUAUUUCAUUUUUUUCCAUCGAAAAAUUCCACAGCAAAAAAUCCUUAAAAUAUGAAGAAAUCUUGAGGAAUUCCUGCAGAAACCAUCUCAAUCGAAUAAAUUGUAUAGAAAAAUAAAAAUUUAUUGAUUUUUCCCACCAAAUAUUGUCCUCAAACCAUUUCCCUUUCUCAAAAUACAGAGUAAAGCGGGAAAAUUUCAAAAUAAAAUUGGCGAAUGUAUUUUUCAAUAGAAUUGCAAUCGAGAUUUCUAAUGAAUAAUUUUUUUCGUACGUAAAAUAGAAAAAAAUGGACUUGUUCUGUUUCACCGUGUCUACUGAUACAGUACCAUUGACGAAUUUCGUUCACAAUAUCUAAAAAAAUCAAAACUCGUCUCUGAAAAUCCCCAAAAUGGAGUCGCUGGUUCCACCCUCGUAUUCCAAUUAAUUCAUUCACAAACAAAAUGAAAGUUGAAGAUCGUUUUCUUAAACAUACGUACUGUAUUGUACUGUAUUGUUCCAGCUGUGAUAUGCAGCUCUGUAUACAACCAUUGCAAAGAUUAGAUAAUGAAAAAAUUAUGCCUAUAUUUAUGAGGGCAGGACUAUUUGUACAAAUAGCCAUGACCUAUUUAUAUUGUAACAGAAUUUUAAAAAGCGUGAGUUUUCUAAAGUAUUAAUUAUAAAAGUAUUUAUUUUUCUAAUAUUGAAUAAACAAAUAAUUUGUAGUUCCAAAUUGAUGAAAUAUGCAUCAAGAAUUAUAGUGAAAUCGGUCAAUAUUUAAUGCACUGUGUGCGGUUAAAUAAGUACCUAGACAUUAUUCUUAUCAAUAUAUUUUCAAUGUGUAGAAUAGUCUACAAAUGCAACUGGUUACUGGGUCAAAUUAUAUACGGACAAUAACGGCCGAACUAUUCAUUAAAACUUUUAUCAUUUUUAAUAUGCUGUGCAAAUACCUUGCGGUUAUUGUAUAUAUGUUCAAUAUUCGUGUAACCAAAUAUACGUGUGAAAAAUAA